AUGAAACCAGCUCCAGAUAGAACGAAGAAAGAACUUCUUGAUUUUCUUCGUACGACAUACCGUGAUAAAGACGAACAAUUACGGAUAAUCGAUGAAUUUGAUCAUAAUUACUCCAUGGAUAGAGCCGUUUGGUGGUACACAAAAUACACAUUGUUCUAUAGCUUUCUUAAUCAAGCACUUCGCAAUCAUGAUUUCGAUGUUCUUACUGCUUUUCGAUUUUUUAUCAUUGAUUUGUACGAACAACUAUCUCGUGAACAUCAGAAGUAUCUUGCUGCAUUAAACAAAUCCCACAUCCAAGUUUAUCGAGGUCAAUCUAUCAAUGAAAAUGAAUUAAAACUAAUUAAUGACAGCAUUGGAGAGUAUAUUUCAAUGAACAGUUUUUUAUCUACAACGACAACACGAGAAACAGCCGUAUUUUUUGCAGAAUCUAGCACAACUGGAUCCGGUUCUCUGAAACGUAUUUUAUUUGAAUUUGAUAUUGACACGCAGGUUAUCAGUUCCAGACCAUUUGCUAACGUCCGACAUCUGAGUCAGUAUGCUGAUGAAGAUGAAGUGCUUAUUUCUUUGGGUACGAUCUUUCGCAUAAAAGAUGUACAAUUUAACAAUGAGCAAAAUAUCUGGAUCGCUAAAUUAGAACUAUGUUCUUCAGACGAUUUUGCUUUCAAAGAAAUAUUCGAACAUGAAAAGAAGCUGAUGCAACCAAAACCUUCACUUCUCCAUCUUGGAAAAUUAUUAGGAAACAUAGGUAGUUAUGAAAAACAAAAAAAUCUUUUACAGCAAAUACUCAACGAAUCAGAAGAUGCCUUAGAACAAGAAAAUUGCUAUUUGCUUCUAGGUGAAUGUGCUCGUUUUCUAAAAGACUACGAUGCAGCAAUUCAAUAUAGCCUCAAAUGUCUUGAAUUACAAGAAAAAGCUGGCGUAGAUGCUCUAUACACUGGACAAACGUAUAUUGCCAUAGCCGAAGUUUAUUUAUUAAAACUUGAGUUGAAUUUAGCUUUGGACUAUGCGAAAAUAUCUCUAACAUUGGUUCCUGAAGAUCAUUUUUUGUGUGGUAAUUUAUAUCGUCUAAUGGGUAAAAUCUACUCGAAAAAAGCUAAAUAUGACCUAUCAUUGGACUACUGCAAAAAAGCUUUGGAAGUGCAACAGAAAACUCUGCCAAAAGAUGACAAAGACGUCGGUUUGACUUACUAUUGGAUGGCACUUGCAUAUGAAAAUAUGAAUGAUUACAUUACGGCACUGCAGUAUUUAAAUGAAUCACUACGAAUUAGUCGCAAAAAUUUGCCACCUUCACACCAGAACAUACGAAUAUUUCAAGACCAUGUAAAACGUAUGGAAGAAAAAGCUAAAGCACUGCCAAUAUCUACAAAAUGA